CAAUUCUGCGCUAUUACUGGGACACUUGUGAUUUCCUUUCAAACACAUUCAUAGCCAAGCAUCCUCAAUAUAACACGCUAAAACUUUAGCAGAACGGUUUUUGGAGUUCUUUUGGGUCGUGAAACAAUUAUGACGUGAUUCUGACUCUCACACAGUUACUGUUACUGUCCUUUAAGUGUGUGCAUGACUUAAUACAAGCAUUGGACUGAAAGGGAUGCUAACGUGUGUUAGCAUACGUCAACAGGAAAUUAGCUCGUUAGCUUGGAUAAAUGUUGUUAUGAAGCUUAUUUUCUCGUCCUUCUAUUAACAAUCUGCUUUAGUAGCAUCUUCAUAAUGGACGCCGAGGCAAUUGUAAUCCGAAUAAAAACUCCGUUAGGGGACAUGGAUUCUUCCGUCGACUGUCCAUCACUGCUAAACUUCAGUGACUUGCUGGUCGCUAUCAGGGAUGUUAUGCCCGAAGCCACCGUCACUGCGUUUGAAUAUGAAGAUGAAGUUGGUGACAGAAUCACUGUGAGAAGUGAUGAAGAGCUCAAAGCCAUGUUGUCAUAUUACUGCUGUACAAUGAAUGAACAACGCAUGAAUGGACAGCUUCCAGAGCCUCUUCAGAUAUUUCCACGAGCCGGCAAGACUCCGGGGAUCCGGAACAUACAUGGCCUGAAGGUUAAUACUAGACCUAAUCCAGCCAAUGACUGCACGCAUGGUGUCACUGUCACCGACUCGAUGGCCAACAACAGCUUAAAGAAAUCAUCUGCUGAGCUGAAGAGAAUCUUGACAACCGGACAGAUAAAUGCCCAAGAUAUCCAAUACCAAGAGCAGCUUGGACAAGGAAAUGGAGGCACAGUUUACAAAGCGUAUCAUCUACUCGGCAAGCGUGUCUUAGCUGUUAAGGUGAUUCCUCUUGACAUCACUGUGGAGCUACAGAAGCAAAUAAUGUCAGAGUUAGAAAUUCUCUACAAGUGUGACUCACCCUACAUCAUCACUUUCUUCAGUGCUUUUUUUGUGGAGAACAGGAUAUCCAUAUGUACGGAAUUUAUGGAUGGUGGUUCACUUGACGUGUAUAAAAGGAUUCCAGAGCAUGUCUUGGGAAGGAUUGCUGUGGCAGUUGUGAAAGGCCUAACAUAUCUGUGGAGCUUAAAGAUUCUUCACAGAGAUGUCAAGCCCUCCAAUAUGCUGGUGAACACCCGAGGACAAGUCAAGCUAUGCGACUUCGGUGUCAGCACUCAGUUGGUGAAUUCAAUUGCCAAAACAUAUGUGGGAACAAAUGCAUACAUGGCGCCAGAACGGAUAUCGGGGGAACAGUACGGUAUCCAUGCAGAUGUCUGGAGUGUUGGAAUCUCUUUCAUGGAGCUGGCCCUCGGAAUGUUUCCCUAUCCACAGAUCCAGAAAAACCAAGGAUCACUAAUGCCUCUUCAGUUACUGCAAUGCAUUGUUGAUGAGGAUCCUCCAGUUCUUCCUGCAGGACAGUUCAGCGAGAUUUUUGUUCACUUCGUUACUCAGUGUAUGAAACGACAACCCAAAGAGAGACCUGCCCCCAAUAACCUAAUGGAUCAUUCCUUCAUUGUACAAUACAAUGACGGAAAUGCCGAGGUCGUGUCCAUGUGGGUUUGUCGCUGUUUGGAAGCGAGACGAACGCAGCAGGUUCAAGGUCGUAACUUACGCCUUGAUGGACCAUGAUAUUCUGAGCCAAUGCCUUGACCGCUGCACCGCUUCAAGGUCAUGUACUGUAUGUCCACCUGAGUCAUCGGUGAAGGUUGUCAAUCACGAAACGUUUGAGCCAAUUCCCAUCACUUUUGUGCGGUGACAGGAGCUCACUUUCUUUGGACACACUCUUAAGCUUUGCAUUCAUUAUGAAGAACCCUCUGGUGCCGAUCGUCCUCUGCUGUCCAACCAGAUGAACAAAGUUGAAAAGGUGAUUAAUGCUUGUACGACCUCAACGUUUAAGAUUGCAAUAUUGUGCGAGUGAUGGUGGUUCUGGCACCCUGCUAAGGUGUCUGCCUGUGGUAGGGGGGGUCACGGCUCAGUGGUUGAGUGGUUGUCUCCCAACCCGGAGGUUGGAGGUUCAAUCCCCAGCCACUGUGACCAUGCCCAAGUGUCCUUGAGCAAGACACUGAACCCCCAGUUGCUCCUGAUGGCAUGUCAUCAGUAGAUGAAUGAGAAAGCAGCGUGAAGCCCUUUGAGUACCAAAAGGUCAAAAAGCACUAUACAGUACUACCCGUUUACCAUGUGUAUGCUCCUCUUCCCAGUGGUAUCAUUUAUCGCUUCAGCAGCCAUAGUGGUUCUCCACAAUGGUAAUCAUUCCUGGCAAAAUAUAUCAAUUUAUAACGGCUUGAGGAGAACAUCAGCCACUGGUGUCCCAAUUCCUUGAUACUGACAAGAAUCCGUGUGCGCUAAACUAUUUCAGCUCUAGACACGUAGGAAAUGUGACUCCUCCCAGUAAAGAAUUAUUGCACCUUAAGUAUUGAACGUACUUAUCUUAAUCAGAUUAACUGAUGGUAAACUACUCUAUGAAUUUAUGAUUGCAGCACAAAUCAAAACACCCUUUGCCAUGAAUAUGUCCACAUACGUACUUGACAAUCAAUAAAUAACUUUUUGUUCUGACAAUCGUUGAGCCACUAGAAGUGUAUCUCCGGAGAUCCCACAUUGAGGUCUUGAUGGGGAAAGGGAGCAAUAUUGUAAAGUUUGGUCAAUAUCCGGUGUCCCCAUUUUUAUGUCUUGUAUUUGCAAAAUGUAUUCUUUUAGUGCACAUCGCCAUGUUGCCAAUGGAUGGUGUCUCGAUUCCUCAUUUUCAGAGUGGUUGAUCAUUCACCAGGCAUGUUUUAAGAAUGAUGUACGCCUUUAUAAAAAAAACUGGCUUUAAUUCGGUUUGGCUAGCUUCUUUUCCUAAAAUGUGCAAAGCCCAUGACAGAAAUGCUAUUCUCAAAAGAAAGACCAAUCUCUGUUUUUUUUUGGUUUUUUUGCUUUUGGUGCACACAUGCAUGGAGUGGGAAAACAAAACAUUCCCCCUCUUAUAAACCAAACAUUGUUACAUUCAAGACACUGCUUUGUUCUGUGGUGUGUCAUCCACUGUCUAAAAAUAAAGUUGUAAUGUGAUCAUACAUAAUGUUCAUGGAGGACAUUAAUGCAAGUGUACUAUACUGGUACUUCCCUUUGAGAACAGUGAUAUGGAUUUUCCCAUUUAAAAAAAAACCCACAAUUUGAAAAAAACAGAUGUGAUUUCUGACAAGGUCUAUAUGAUUUAAGAUGCCUUCACUGCCUGAAGACAAGGUAAGAAAUGUGGAACAGUAGCACAUAGAUUUUGUUAUGAGUUUGGGUUCUGACUAAAGUCUACUGAAUUUCUUGUCUUGCACAGUUGAAACAAUGUCUGAAAUUUGUCAACGUCUUGGUAUUUUUUAUGUCAUCCCCUAAAAAGAUGACGCUAUGCCAGAUCUGUGCUGUCACAUCAAAAUUUUCAUAGUGCUCUUAAUUGUUUAAAAAAAUCAGUCAGUAGUUUGAUAUUGAUCCGUCUACAAUUCAUAAAUGACUGUGUAAUGUUUAGCAUUUGCCAAUCAAAAAUCUAAUUCAACCCUCUUUUAAGAGAGAAUUACACUUUGACUGGAACUGUUGUUUGCAUUUCAUUACUUAAAAAUGUCUCAUAAAUGCAGCAGAGGUAAAACGUUUGCGGUGAAGCGAAUAAUUCAAUUGAAACACAUUCUCACCAAAAAUUAUGAAAGUAUGUAAAGUGGGGCAAAUUAUACUUUAAAAAAAUAUAGACAAAAAAAUUUAUACUUACUUUGAAGAUUUAUGGAGGUCAAUGGGAAAGUGGGGUUGUGUCUUGUGUGCUUCUUCCACUGAGUCACCAAUGUGAAAGGACCUUGUUUGUUGUACUGGCAGCCAAUGAGUCCUUAGGAGCUGGUGAGCAUUAUCAUGAAGCAUUUUGUAUUUACCUCAAAAACAUAUGAAAGAAAUAAAAUGUGCUCUGGAUUGUAAAUGGUAGAGAGAAGGGUUCCUAUUUUUUUUUUUUUUUUUUAAGUUAUGUUAAAAGUUGUUUAAUGCGUUCAGGGUUGCAACCUCAUAGCUUCAUACCCCAGAUGAUAUUUGCAUAUUGCGCCAUAGUCACCCAAACCUGUAUGCACCUUGCAGGCUGAAAUUCACCUUUAAUUUGCAUUUUGUAAUUAAUCUGAGUCAACCUUUAGUUAGAAGCAGCCUUUUUGGUAGGUAAUUGUUUUCAUUAACCUGGGAAGAGGUGCUUAAACCACAAAUGUCAUAGAUUAGAUGAGUCCAGAUGUGUGUGGGGGGGGGGGGGGUUAUUCUAUUACAUCCUCUACUGUAAGCACUUUUGACUGUUCACUUCUAUAGAAAAGAUAUAUAAAUCCAAUGCAUUAUUGUCAUUACUAAAUAUUAAAUAGUAAUUUGAUGAGUGUUCCAUUCAUUUGAGUGGGUGGGUUCAAACCAAAUGUGCUCUGUUCAACACAUCUAGAUGUAAAUACCAGGCUGGCCUUCUAAACUUUGGUCUCAGUCAUCUUAUGAUCUAAAACCAAACAUGUCUUCAGUAUACAGUACAUCCAUACAUAAUAAGAUUGACCUUGCCAUUCUAAAACUUUUUUUACUGUGUUUAUCAUCCAUAUUUGAAUAGCUGGAAAUACAAGCUGAAACGUCUCAUAUUCAUCUUCUAAAUAUCCAGCAAAAAUUACGAAACUGGCCUUACUCUGCCGACACUUUUGAAGGUGGCUGGCGAUGCCUUUUGUAAGCUCUAAAUGAAAGGCUUGAAUUAAGCAUUUAUUCUGAUGUAGCUUUAACACUAUGACCUUUUAGAAGCUUAAUUAUAGGAGACAAAUGAUUCAUGUCUGUGCUCACUGUUUUUCAUCCAAAUAUCUAUUUUCUCUUUUUUCGAGGAUGUCAAGUUCACCAAUUUGUUUUGUCACUGCUAUAACAUUCAAUUAACAGAUGUCAUUGUUUUAUUUUGGUUUCCAUGUGGACUUUCAAAUGCCAUCUUUGUUUUACUUUCUGCAAGCAAAACACUGCCUUGUCACCACUGACCUUGGACAGUUUAUUUAUUCAAGUAGAUGUCUGAAUACAUGCGUGAAUCUUCUUUGUUCCGUAACCAAGUUAUUAUACAGCUGCGUGCUCCGUGGCGGUUCUCGAAGACCCUGACACGUGCACCAGCCGCAUGGAGUCACUCAUUGCUCAUUGACUUGUAUUACAUGUAUUUUAGGCUUUUAAUCAAGUUCCUCAGCAUGGAGAAGGACAAAUUGCUUGUUUUGAUGGGUCUACCCUUCAUGUUACUAUCUCCAAAUUCUCUGAUUAAAAAAUGUAGCAUAAUGA